GCAAUAUUUCAACCUGCAAAUCCACCGAAUUCUUCUUCUCAAUUGUCCUUUCCACCCACUUCUGAUCGAAAAAGUGUGAGCUUUUUUCUUCUUCCAAAUUCCACCGCACCUUAAAUCAAUGUGCGCCUUUAUUCUUCAUCUACGUUACAAUGGAUGAUGCUCCAGUCUCUGUUCAUGACACCCCUCGUUCGUCAAAUAUGUGGCCUGGACGAGAAAGAUUUUGGCGACGUUUGCUCAUUUAGAUAUCUGGGUUUUGCAGCUAAUUUGUGUCUUGGGUAAUUUCGAGAACUCACUUUUUAUGAUCUCCAUGGAUUGAAUUCUAUGAUGUUUUUUGUUGAUGGAGGACUGUAUCUGAGACGGGUUCACAUUAUUAUUGCUCUUGGACUGUAGCAAUCAUCACUCUACGGUUUCCCCCUUUUUUUGUUCAGGAAGAAAUGAUAUACUGGGUAGUAAAAAAAAUUGACUGUUGAUUUUGAUUAUUCUAGGUGGAGCUCCAAGAAACCGGUUUUAGUCGUUACCGUUCAAGGAGAUUUAACUGCAUUGGUGAAACUUGCUCUAGGCAAUUGCAUAGAGUAGUUGGCUUCUUUUGUAAUUUAUUAGAUUUUGGUUAUAGUUCUUGGGGAAGUUUGAGUUUAUUUGUUUAGUUGGAAUUCCUGCUGCAGCAUUAAGGAAAGAUUCAUUCACUAUUCUGGUUUUUGAAAAGAGGGGAAAUGUAGUUUGGGACCUAGGUUAUUUUUGGUUUGAUUGGAAAAGAGAUGGAUGUUUGGUUUGUGGCUGCUGUUGCUGCUGCUGGUUAUAUUUCUUGGAAGGAUCUUUUGCGUGGUAAAAAAAACUCUGUGGAUUCGCCCCGUGAAACUUCUGGAGAAUUGAAGCAUAAUUCUUCACAGGAUGCUCCUCAAGCCUUUGAUAACACAAGAGAAACCUUUGAUGAUGGAAAUGUUUCAUAUAUGGAAAAGGAAUUGGGAGGGUCAUUGAGUGAGCAAAAACUUCAAGGGUAUAAGGGGAGGGCUCAGUUAUCCGUUCACCAAGAGAUGAACUUUUAUGGUCAUAGAACUGGCAAAACUUGUAGACGUGCCAUAAAACCUUUAACUUCUCUUGAGAAUUGUUUAGUGGCUCACUUAAUCCAGGAGCGAUCCGAAAUGGAAGAGUAUAUAUUUGGUUCAGUUUCUUUGCACCCUACACCAAUUCCAUUUCUGGUUACUGAUGGAAGUGCUGUUAUUAGCACAAGUAGUGGCGAGUCUUGUGGUAUGCAAGUUGGGAAUGAGCUGGAUAAGCUGCAAAAGGGGAUUAUUAUACCACACGAGAAGACUAUAUAUGGCAUUCCUCAACUACCCAAUUUCUUGUCCGCAGAUGUCCAGCGAAAAGCUAGAGCUAGUAAAAAGGGCCGUGUCAGGGUCUUUCAAAAUUCCAGAAGAAAGAUGAAUAGCAAACAUCAUCAUUCUCGAGGGUUGUCUAGUGAAGCCUUCCUUCUAUCUCUUGGAAUGCAUGUUGUGUUUUUCUCAUCCGUCUUGGCUCAUAAAAAGGAAAUAGAAAAAUUGAAUCACAUACUGAAGCAGACAAAUUAUUUGGUUCAAGAUCUACAAGAUGAACUCGAAAUGAAGGAAUCAUUGACCGUGAAAGAACUUGCCCCAGAGGAUUACAAGUCAGAAUAUAUUCGAAUUGAUGCUUAUAACAAUGACAGGUUGCUUUCACUUUCUCCUCAGCAGAAUUCAAACAAGACAUCUUCUGAGUAUUAUGCUGAAGAGCACGACUAUAAGCACAUAUAUGAUGAGGAACCUAUGAGUAAAAUUGCAGCAGAGCUUGAAGUAGAGCUGGAGAGAUUAGAACAAAAUAUGAAUUCAACUCCCAUGGCUGGGAGAUACACAGAACCGAUUGAGCUUGACCCAGGUUUCGUUCUAGAUAGCGUGGGGGAUGAGUAUGGCUAUGAUAGAAUGGAAGGGGCUCAUUAUGGUGACCAUGAUCAUGAAGGUGAAAACUCCACUCCUCCCUCGGCUAACUAUGCUGUCUCCCCCAGAGAACUAACAUUGCGGCUGCACGAGGUCAUUGAAUCACAACUGCAAGAACGCGUGAGGGAGCUUGAGGCAGCUCUUGAAAACAGCCAGAGAAAAGCUCGGUGCAUAGAGGAAGAAGAAGAAGAAGAAGAAGAAGAAGAAGAAGAAGAAGAAGAAGCCAUACAUUCUUGGAGAGAUUUAUCCGGGAGUCCCGAAUAUUUGGACUUGAAUUUAGAUGGAGGGACGGUUGUUGAUGCAUACAUCGAAGCCAGUCAUGACGAGCUCUCAACAAGAAUAAAGUCAGAAGAAGACGAGAUUCAGAUGCCCCGCGAUCAUGAUGAUCUGUAUCAGAUUCAGCUGCCUCGUCACCAUGAUGAUCUAUAUCAGAGUAGGAUGAAUGAUGUUGGUGGUGGUGAUGGUGAUGGUGAUGAUGGGGAUGAGAUGGAUAAGCUUUUAGAGCAUAUUGUUGAGAGAGCUAGGAAAAUUGGCUAUCCUGCAAAAUUUUGUGCCCAGAGAGCAUUGCUUCCUAUAGAUGAAAAUGAACGUUGAUUAAUUAAUUACUGCAGCAUUAGUCAAACCAGAAAAUUAGAAUUAAGGUACACAAAGUUCAAAAUUUUAUUCUUUUUGUUCCUUCAGAAAGUUAUUUCCAGUUGGAAAAGCCCAACGUUCUUUUCGUCCUAAUAUUAACUAGAUUUUGGGUUAAAAAAAUGUACUCUUUUCGUCUCAUCUCAAAUUGAUUGAACUUCAUGUUUAUUUUCUUACAAACUUUCAAGAGGAAAGAGAAUUUUGAGAUACCGAUUUAUGCAUAGAAAAAGAAAGUAAUUUUAAGGAAUGAAAAGUUUAUUUUGGU